UCCACACAGAGACCCAGCUGACAAUAUGACUGUAGUUCAGAUGUCAACAAUCAGACUUCUACGAUAUCAAAUCAAACAUCUUUCUGCCUUUGGAAAAGUUGCCACACGACUGGCCUCCAGAUGACCAGAUGACCAGACUGAGAGAGAUGACCAGUUCAGAGUUAAGGGACCGUAGCGAAGACCCUGUCUCCUGUGAGCUGAUCAGCUAAUCUAAAGCAACUCUGUUAGGUCAAGGUUCAGAACAGGACCAUCUCACGGCAGCCUGCAGGCAUGUCUGCUGAAGUCUCUCUCUCCGCUGCUCUGGGAUUUGUGGAAUUGUGUGGAAUGGGAAGUUCCUGAACAGGAUGUGGAGUCACUUUUCUGCCGUCUACCCUCUUCUCUCCCUCCUCCUGUCCUGAUCUGAUACCACAGUGGUGAGCUGCGGCUGUAGGAACCAGCACCUGGAGAGAACAGCCGUGCUUUUCCCACACAUCUGGAAAAGUACUCCUCAUUGACCGUUGGCCGCUGUUUCCCAGCAGUUUAUUUAACCCCGGAUUCAGGUGAUGACUCACCUGUGGAUUCUCCUGUCAGCAGUGCUGCUGGUUGGGUUGGCAGCAGAACCUGUGAGCAGCCCUGAGGAAAAUGAGAAUGAAGUCCUGAAAGAAACAGAAGAAGAGAACACAGAGAGCCAGCAGAUGAUUGACAAUACAAUUGGAAAUCUGAGUGAACCUACACCAAGCCAAACUCCCAACACAUCAGCCCCUUCCACCACCAUCAUUCCUCAAAACUCAAGCGUUGCUCCCCAGUGUCCAGGGAACCAGGUGAUGCUGGAGAGCGGCUCUGGAUGUGGCUGUUCGUCUGACAUGUUGUUGGUUGGAGACAACUGUAGCUGCCCUGUUGGCUACACUGACGAAGGGGCUGCAGAGUGCUUAGAUAUCAACGAGUGUGAAGCAGAGGGAACAGGACUUUGUGGUCUUCAUGCCAGCUGCACAAAUAGCCCCGGCUCCUACUCCUGUAGCUGUCUCCGUGGUUACCUGAUGGGUCCAGGAGGUUGCCAGGAUGUAGACGAGUGCUCUUUGGCUGCAGUAACUGGUCUGCAGGCAUGUGAGGGAAAUGCUGAAUGUAAGAACACUCCUGGCUCCUUCACCUGCCUGUGCCCUGUGGGGUAUACAAUGGCCCUGAAUGGACGGGGCUGUGAAGAUGUGGAUGAAUGCAGCUUCGAGGAGCAGUGUCGCCGAGAACUGGGUAACGUGUGUGUUAACACUCCUGGCAGCUUUUCUUGUCAGUGUCAGGCAGGCUUCAGAGCGGAGGCGCCCGUCUGUGUGGGUCCUGUCUGUGCUGACUACACUGUGUGUCAAGAUGUAGACGAAUGUUUGGAGAGUCUCGCUGUCUGUGUCGGUCAGGGUGUGUGUGAGAACACCCUGGGGAGCUACAAGUGCAUUUGUCAAUCGGGUUACCGCGGAAACGGCACACACUGUGAGGAUGUGAAUGAGUGUGCCUUCAGUGGUCACGGCUGUGACACCAACGCUCGGUGUGGUAACAUCAUUGGUUCCUAUUACUGCCAGUGUUACCAGGGUUUUAAUGGAGAUGGAUUCUCUUGUUUCGACAUUGAUGAGUGUGCUGUAAACAAUGGCCACUGUAAACACAACUGCUCCAAUGAACCUGGAGGUUACAGCUGUCAGUGUGCGUCAGGGUUUCAGCUGGACCAGGAUGGACACAACUGCGUAGAUGUGGACGAGUGCUCAUUGUCUAACAGGACCUGUGAACACACCUGCAUCAACACUCAUGGAUCUUUCCAGUGCUCCUGUAAGCCUGGCUACCAGCUGCACAUUGAUGGCCACACCUGUGUCGACAUUGACAAAUGUAAACUCCAGAACGGUGGAUGCUCCCAUACCUGUACCAACUCUCCAGGUGGACACGUUUGCCACUGUCCGUCUCCUCUACUGUUGAACAGAGACAACCUCACCUGCAGCAAUGUUACAUCGUGCAAGCAGAGAAAUGGCGGCUGUGAUCACAUAUGCAGUGAGCGAGUUGGGGGCCAUGUCCAGUGCAGCUGUCAGACAGGAUGGACACUGGGCCAGGACCUGAGGAGCUGCGUGGAUGUGAACGAGUGCAGUGACUUCACCAACGGAGGCUGUGAGCAGCUCUGCCUGAACCAUCCUGGAGGGUUCAACUGCACAUGCAGGGAGGGGUACAAAGUUCAAACCGAUGACCUCACCAAGUGCCAACCGGUGUGUGAGCCACCGUGCCAGAACUAUGGUGUGUGUGUGGCCCCAAACAGCUGUGACUGUCCUCCAGGGUACCCUGGUUUGGGCUGCUCAGCCAUGUGUUCGCCACCUUGUGCCCAUGGAGGUACUUGCAUUCGCUGGAACAAGUGUCUAUGUCCUCCUGGGUGGACAGGAGUGGGCUGCCACACAGCGGUGUGUGAGUUGCCCUGUGCUAACGGAGGUCGCUGUGUUGAACCUGAAACCUGCCAGUGUCCCUCUGACUACACAGGUCCACAGUGCCUACUGCUUCUGUGUAGUCCUGCGUGUCAAAAUGGAAGAUGUGUCGAUGUCAACAAAUGUGUGUGUGCUGGUGGAUGGCAAGGAGCUCGCUGUCAAAUUGAACCGGUUCAGUGUCAGGAACCUUGUAAGAAUGGUGGAGUGUGUGUGGGCUUCAACAGGUGUCGCUGUUCCACAGGAUUUACUGGAAACCUCUGUGAAACAGCUAUAACCGUCCCCUGUGUGCCACCCUGCAAACAUGGCGCCACCUGCAGUCCUCACAACACCUGCACGUGUCCGGAAGGUACUACAGGUUUACGCUGUGAAAGACUGACAUGUCCAGUGAUCACCACUGCAGUCAGUAUGGCACGAGCGGUGAGGAAAGCCUUUAGGGAGAGCUACGUCGAUCGCUGUGGACCACUGGGAAUUCAGCUUUGCACUAAAUACAGGAUAAACCAGGCACGAGUGUACCUGCAGGCCUACAGGGUGGGCUACAAGAUCCAGUGUCCACAAAAAACUGGAAGAUGACAGCAUUGUUUUCCAAUUUUGGAGAAUGAGGUGGUCAUCAUCGGGCUUCUCUGUUAGAGGAUUUACCUUAAAUCAAGAUUCAAUGUUGAAAGUUAUUUUGAUUUAACUGUAUGAAGUUCUUUACUCUAAUUUCCUAGGGGGGAUUAAUUGAGCCAAUGAAACAAUCAUGCUUCAUGAUGGAGUUAAAUCAGUUCAUGAGUUUCUCAAUCCUGUCUACUGCUGCAUCAAGAAAAUAACUCUCUUUCCUUUUAGCACCGAAGGGACUUGGAUUGUCCCGAUUGGGGCAAAUGACCUGUAACUGUAAUGUUUACAUAUUUCAAAGGGAUUAAGGGUCUGUAACCACAUAAAGAAAAAUGUUGAAGAAGACUGAUGAAUAAACAAUACCAAUGUCACUCUGUACAAUUUUACAAAAAAAGAUAAUAAUGAGUGUGAAAGAAAAUAAAAUUAAAAACAAAAGUCUGCAUCAGGCAGUCAAACACA